AUGGUGAUGAAUCUGAUAGCAGCUGUAGAAGCCCUUGCGCUUUGCAACCUGACUUCCUUCACUUCCCAGACUAAGGAAUUAGUUUCAUGCAAACCCGUCACGUCUAGCUUGAUGUUGCCGGACGCGCCAAUGUCGAUAUCCCCAGCUGCAUGUUCGAUCCCUAUCAUGCAGAUGCCCCAGCUAACUGAGGCAGCUGACUUGGACGAUGACUGGACAGGUCUUGCUGAUGCCGCGGCUCGUCGAAGAAAGCAGACUCGACUGAAUACCCGAGCCUGGCGACGAAGACGCAAGGCCCUUGAGGGACAAGGACUUCAGACACCUAUCUCUAAGCCUCCGUCAGGCGUCAGCGCCAGUAAAGCCGAAUCCCAAAUCCCGUGCUGGGACGAAGACCACCAAAUGGUCUCUACCUUCCCUGCAUCCGUAGCGGAUACUUUCCACCGGACUCGAGAUGCCUUACUAUCCUCCGAAGCUACGGCCCUACAACCAAGCCCAUUCACCUCCCGGCGGUGCAGCCGACCUCGUGUCCUCUUCCCUCUAUCCUCCGACCACCUGAUCACACUGCUCCAGUUCAAUGUCUUCCGCGGCUGCCUCACUAACCGCCAACUCCUCUCCGUCAUUCUGGACGCCGUCCCAGGAGCCUGUCCGUCAACGUCGCCGCGCACCCUACCCGGCCCCUCACCUCCCGGCAGCGUGCCCCCGGCCCUCGCACCCACCUUGGUGCAGCAGACGAUCCCUCAUGAAGACUGGAUGGAUCUGAUCCCGCAUCCUCAAUGGCGCGAUAACAUCAUUCUGGCGGCCGGGCAGUACGACGAGGAUGAGCUGUGGACUGACACGAUCGGCGGGCUUUUCGAGGGUUUUCCGGACUCGGAGUGCGAGCAUCGAGGCGUGGUUGCGUGGUCGCCACCGUGGCAUGCCAGUGGGUGGGAGAUCUCGGAGGGAUUCUGGCGGAAGUGGGGAUGGAGCCUGAGGGGAUCCCAACCAGGCCGCUACGUGCUCUACUAUAAAGCCGACCCGGCGUACCAGGGCCGGUACACAAUCCCCGUGCUGUGGGAUCGCACGCGGAAGACGAUCUUCGACGCGCUGCUGCCGGCGGAACGGCGCGAGGUGAACCAGCCAGGCGGGGGCCUGUAUCCGGCUCAUCUGCGGGGAGAGAUCGAUGCGAUGAACGAGUGGGUGUAUGAGCGAAUCAACAACGGAGUGUAUAAGACGGGGUUUUCCACGACGCAGGAGGCCUACGAUGCCAACGUCUAUCCGCUGUUUGAGGCACUGGAUCGCGUCGAAGAACAUCUUGCGCAGUCGGGCCACGGGCCGUACCUUUUUGGGGAGAAUAUCACCGAGGCGGAUGUGCGGCUGUAUACGACCAUCUGCCGGUUCGAUGUCGCGUACUACUUGAUCUUUCGGUGCAAUUUAAAGAUGAUCCUCCAUGAUUACCCGCGGAUUGAUGGCUGGUAUCGACAGUUGUACUUUGACGAGUCCGAGAGGACUCGCGGAGGAGCGUUCAAGAAGACGACGUUCUUCUAUAUUUAUAAAUAUAACUAUCUCAAGACACUGGGGAAGAAAGUGGGCGGCUCGCAGACCGUCGUCCCUGCUAGCCCUAUCCCAGAUAUCCUACCAUUGGAGAAACUAUAG